GUCCCUCCUCCGCCACCUCCACCACUUGGCGAAGAAGUCGAGGAGGAGAAAAAAAUAGAAUAAAGAGCUAAUCCAUAACAGAACGUCAAUUCUUCCCAAUGGAUACGACUAAACUCUGGGGGGGCCGUUUCACCGGUAUACCGCCCACCCAUUUCAUAUACACACUCUCCCUUCCCCGUUGAAAAAUGGCUGAUUAGGAACCGACCACCAGGCAAAACCGACCCGCUUAUGACAACCUACAAUGAAUCCAUCCACUACGACAAACGCAUGUACAUAGCCGACAUCCUGGGCUCAAAAGCGUACGCCACCUCGCUCCACCAACGCGACAUAAUCACCGCGCACGAGCUUAGCGAGCUCCACCGGGGCCUGGACCUCGUGCACGCGGAAUGGGCCAACGACACGUUCGCCAUAAUCCCCGGCGUUGAUGAGGACAUCCACAC